AAUUAAUAUGUUCUAAUUUCUAUAAUAAUUACACAAAUACAUAAAAUCUGUUCUUUACUCAAACAACAUAAAUAAUAAAACAUAUUUCAUGGCUUUUUAAGAACUCAAUUUAUGUUAUUUAAUUUUAAAUACAUCAAUUAAUUAUGUCUAAAGUUGCUUGAAUUAAAAACGAGAGAGGGAGCAAGAGACAAAGCAAUUAAAUAUUAAAAACUGAUAAGAUAACCGCGGCUAAACAUUAAACUAAACAUGAGAGAGAUUAAAAAAGAGAGCGAUAAUAUUUUAACAUUCGACUCUCUUGUUUCUCUUUACUUAAGCUUACACACACACCUGUUUAGUCAGUCCGUUGGAUUUGCUGGCGAAUAUUUUUGCUCAUUUGAGAAACGACAGCGAGUGGAAAAGUUUGUGUGAGCGGAGUGAAAAGCUCGGAAAAAAUAAAUUAUUUGAUUCUUUUGGCAAAAGUAAACCGGCAAAUGCUAAUAGAGAAAUAAUUUGUGAAACUAAAAUUUCAAAACCAAAACAAAAGAACAUUUUAAAAGUGCAAACCGAAAAGUGCAAAGCAAAAAACAAAACAGCUGAGAAAUAUUAUUGCAAUCUAUUUUCAGAUUAAAAAUUUCCACAUCAACUUUGGCAAAUACCACGAAAAUGAAAUGAAAUCCCAUAGAUAAACACAAAUAUUAACAACAAGCCCUGAAAACGCAGUGAAAACAAAAGUUAAACAAACACAAACUAAACAAAUAUUAAACAAUAAUGCACGUGUAUUACAAGUUUGGAUUACUCUUGAUAUUUUUGCUAAGCGUAAGCAUUAGCCACACAAAUGCCGCUCCAUCGGGCAGUGACGAGGCGAAUCUAUCGCUCAGUUUCUCUGAGGACAGUAAUUAUAGGGACGACGAUGAUUAUAGCGAUGUAACGACAGGCGAUGAAGCGCCGGAGACAGCAGAAAAUAGACUGAUGCCACUAUCAUCCUCCACAUCGACCACCACCACAUUUCGACCAAUAUUUAAUAUACCACGACGCAGUAACCAUGUCCUGGAGCCCAGUUGCCCGCGCAACUGCCUUUGCUUGGAGGACUUUAAGUACGUUCAGUGUGCGAAUGCCCAUUUAACCCAUGUACCCCUGGACUUGCCAAAAACGGCGGCCAUCAUUGAUCUAAGCCACAAUGUAAUUGCCGAACUGAGGCCAGAGGAUUUCGCCAAUUUGUCCAGAGCGGUGGAUAUCAAUCUGAAUCACAAUUUAAUCAGCAAUAUAGACAAGGAGGUCUUUCAAGGACUGGAGCGUUUGAGGCGUCUGCGACUGGCCAACAACCGUCUAACCAAAAUCGAUCCCGAUACAUUUUCGGCAGCCAAGGAACUAGCACUCUUGGAUUUAAGUAACAAUUCGAUAACCCAGCGAUUGGAUGGAUCGUUUCUAAAUCAGCCCGAUUUGGUGGAGUUCAAUUGUGUCAAUUGCAGUUGGACAGAAUUACCGGAACAGACCUUCCACAACAUGACCGCGCUGGAGGUACUCCGCCUGAACAAAAAUGAUUUCAAACAGCAAAUCGAUACAAAAGCUUUUUCGCCGCUAACAAAAAUAAUUAAACUGAAGCUGCCGGAACUGGAGCAACAGAAUAUUGAGGAGCUGUGUAACCUGCUGACCUCCAUCGAUACUAUUAGUUUCCUCAACUUUGACAUCAGCUGCUACGAGUUCGUACUGGGCACUCCCUUCAACGGCAGUCUAAUUUAUCCCACGGAACAGCCACUUAAAGGGAUUUCGGAGCUUCCCAUUGCGGUUAGCAGUACUCCAAAGCCAGUUACUUCCACGCCCGCACAGCCGCGAAGUGCCAAUCGCAAUCGAGGAAAAAUGGACAACAGCACGGAGUUGGUCAAAGCCGGAAUCCUAAGUUCCGUGACCAACACAAGCGGUGUGUCAGUGGAAUCGCCUGCCGAAAGUAAGACCAACCAGGUGGAGAUCUCCCCUGAGGCCAUCAACACGCUGCUCAUCUGCAUCAUGGCUUUGGCCGUGAUUGGCAUUGUCGUCGGCCUCAUUUGCCGCAAGGAUAUUGGCGGCAUAAAAACCAAAUGCUGCCGCACUAGUAAACCAGAGCCAAAGGAUCAGGUCCAUCCCACUGAGGAGAUACCAUUAAAUAAGCUAGCCUAAGAAAACUUUCCAAAAAACCAAAACAAACGACGAUGAAAAGAGCGUCCUAUCCUUCAGUUUUGAGAACAAAUUCCAAAUUACCGGCAUUUUUGAUAGAUUAUAAAUAGGUAUACGUCGUCUAUGUAUAUUGGCUAAUUAGUUAACUACUUUGACUUGGUUCUUAACCAGCAUCAUGCCUAAUUAUAGUCUCUCCUAAUAUUGUUUGCCCGCACAACAGCUAUUCUCUGUUAGAUACUAGUUGUUAGUCGGAGUAAGUUAGGCCGCCGCCUAGUCGCUUAGCGUUCAUAUCCUUAGGGGGAACUCGGUAAAUGGGAUCCCACAAAACCUCCUGGCACUGUUCUAGUUUUAGAUCCAAAAAUAAAAUUUCCAUCGCAACACAUUAAUUAAUGUAAACCCUAGGUACUUUAGUUCUUAGCUUUAGACUUUUGCCAAACUACAAUAAAAGUAAUUAUUGUAAAUAGUAAAGAAA